AUGGCUCCUUCAAAUUCAAAAAGAUCUAAAAGUAGCAGCAAAUCAAAACAUAAUGCUUUAUCUUCUGCUUCAUUGAGGAAUUUUUUUAAACUUGAAGAUGAACUAAGUAAGCAUUUGGAUACUGAUAAAAUUUGUGAUGAUGUGAGGAAAAUACUUGCAGAAAUACGCUCUAAUUUGAGUUCAAAUCAAGAUAAACAUCCAACACAUAGCAAAUCAAGUCAUGAAAGAAGCUCUGCUUUGAUUUUGGCUGUUAAAUUACGUAAUAUGAAUCGUCUUUUUGCUUUUCGAAAUAAACAAGCAAAUACAAAGUUGGCUGAAGUUCGUCAAAAGGUCGAAGAUCAUUAUUUGUCUCUUCAAAAUGUUUCUAGUGAAAUUGCUCAUAUGAAAAAGAAUAUUGAAACUUGUUUGGAUUUUAGAGCGGAUAUUUAUGACAUUGAAUUGGUUAAUGCUGAGGAAUCAUCUUCAAACUCUAAAGAAAUGAUAGACAACCACGAUAAAGAAGAAAAAUUAGACGAUCAUCAAUUAUUUUUGCAACGAUUAAAUAAUGAGCUAAAUGAACGGAAAAGGUUUUUUCUAAAUUCUAUUCAGGGGUUAACAUAUUCUUUUUGUACAUUAUUACUAACCAAAUCUGGCAAUUUUUUUAAUUUAAAUUUUUAUAAGUUUGCUUUAGGUUUUUAUCUCCUAUUUGACAUAAUAUUUACCGAUCCAGGCUCGUAACCAGGCGAAAUCCCCCCCUCCCCAAAAUCUUGGUUACGGAUCCGUAUUGACCUAAUAUUUACUUCAUUUUUUAACAGUUUGCUAUCAAAUUUAAAUGAGCUAGAAGGGCGAAAAAGCGCUUUAUUGAGUGAUAUUAAAGGGAAAGAACAACGUUUGUCUCAAAUAGGCCCAAAAAUCGUUUCUAUUAAAAAGAUGGCUGAACCUUUACUUGAUCUUCUUGGAGUUAGUCGUGG